GCCACGCCGCGUCGCAGACCGUAUAGUGGUGCGGCAAAAUUGUGCACGCCGUGGACGCGAGACGCCCUCCUCCUCGCGACCGGAACGAGACGCGCCCGUUUCGUCGCGCGACUCGCGAGGAUUGUCAAUUCGAUCGGCGCUUCCGCUGCCGCGCGCGCGAGAGAGACCCGCGAAGGACGACGAGUGAGAUCAUCAUCGGCGCUUUCUAAAUACGAAGUGACAAUGAGACUUUCCGUGUGUAUUGUUUGCACGCUGGUGCUUGGCGCAUCAGCUAUAAUACGUGUCCCGGAUAAUGUAGAAGUUCAAUCGCCGCCACGAAUAUCUAAACAGCCGCCAACGGACGAGCAGCUGUUUCAAGUGGCACAAACAAAAGUCAAUGAGAAUGAUAAACCAUUUCUAAUUGAAUGCGAAGCGGAGGGAGAGCCAGUUCCAACGUACCGUUGGAUGAAAAACGGGAAGAACUUUGAAUGGCCGGCGUAUGACGAUCGGAUUUCUCAACAGCCUGGUAGAGGCACUUUGGUGAUUUCAAGACCGAGAGACGAGGACUUGGGACAAUAUCAGUGUUUUGCCGAGAACGAAUGGGGCAUUGCUACGUCGAAUUCGGUGUUCGUCCGAAAGGCCGAAUUAAAUUCGUUCAAGGAUGAGAACCCGAUAACUGUAGAAGCGCCCGAGGGUGCUCCCUUCAAACUUACCUGCCAACCACCCGAUGGCUGGCCUAAGCCAAACGUUUAUUGGCUAAUUCAGGAUAUCGCUGGUGGUAUUAAGUCAAUCAAUAACUCAAGGAUGACUCUCGACCCGGAGGGUAAUCUCUGGUUCAGCAACGUCACGAGAGACGAUCGUUCGGACGACUUUUAUUACGCCUGUGCCGCCACAUCUGUGUUCAGAAACGAAUACAAAGUAGGCAAUAAAGUUUUACUAAACGUUAUUUCUACGGGCGCGUCCACCGGCCAGAACAAACAUCCCCCAACAAGGCAGUAUGUCACGAGGAAAAAUCAGGUUGCUCUGCGCGGCAAGAAGGUAGAGCUGUUCUGCAUAUUCGGAGGAACGCCUUUGCCACAGAUAGUUUGGAGCAAAAAUGGCGAACUGAUCAGGCCGAGCGAUAGAGUAACUCAAGGAAAUUACGGCAAAUCUCUCGUCAUAAAACACGUCAAUUUCGAGGAUGAGGGGAAGUACACCUGCGAAGCAUCGAACGGAGUGGGAACGGCCGAGACGUACUCCAUAAACCUGCAAGUGAUGGCCGUGCCGUAUUUCACCGUUGAACCGGAAUUCGUGAACGCCGCGGAGGACGAGACCAUCGAGAUCAGAUGCGCAGCCAGCGGAGUGCCCGUUCCCGAGAUCAAGUGGAUCCACAACGGUAAACCGAUAUCCGAGGCGCCGAAGAACAGCAGAAGGAAGGUCACGCCAAAUUCCAUUAUCAUCGAGCGGCUGGUGAAGAAAGACACGGGAAAUUACGGGUGCAACGCCACCAAUUCGUUGGGAUACGUUUACAAGGACGUGUACGUGAACGUGUUGGCGCUCUAUCCGGACAUCACACAACCGCCCACGAACUUGAGGACGGUCGACGGUAAGACCAUCCGAAUUACGUGCCGCGUUUUCGGCGCGCCUAAACCCGAGGUUAAGUGGAUCAGGACCGGGCAGGAAUUAACCGGCGGCCGUUACAAGAUUCUGGAUAUAGGCGAUUUGGAGAUCGAAAACGUGAAUUUCCUGGACGCCGGAAUGUACACGUGCCACGCCAGCAAUAAAUUCGGCGCGGUGAACGCGUCCGCUAGCUUGGUGGUGAAAGAGCACACCAGGAUAACGGAUCUGCCGGAGGACUACGAGGUCGCGGCGGGUUCCACUGCCACAUUUAGGUGCAAUGCCGUUACUGAUCCGAGUCUACCUUUGACUAUAAACUGGCUGAGUAAUGGCGAACCAAUAGACUUCGAGAUGGAACCGAGAUUCGUGCGGAGUACCGAUUAUUCUCUGAUGAUCACGAAGACGACCGAAUUGGAUUCUGGUACCUACACGUGCGUCGCCCGUACCGAUCUCGAUGAAACGACAGCACAAGCGACGCUGAUAGUUCAGGAUGUACCUAACGCGCCGAGAUUUACCGACGUCAAGUGUGGUUCCAGUUCGGCCGACGUUAAAUGGACACCUAUGGGAGAUAAUAGAGCUCCCAUUCUGCGCUAUACGAUCCAAUACAAUACUAGCUUUGCACCGGAUACCUGGGAGAUAGCCAAAGAUUUUGUCACAGCUACAUCUCAGUCGGAAACAGUGCCUAUGUCACCCUGGGCUAAUUACACGUUCCGCGUUCUUGCAUGGAAUAAAAUAGGCACUUCUCUACCGUCAUCACAUAGCGACGGUUGUACCACUUUACCGGAUCUCCCUUAUAAAAAUCCAGACAAUGUCGUGGGCAAGGGUACAACGCCACAAAAUUUGGUUAUUUCAUGGACAACCAUGGCUCAGAUAGAACAUAAUGGCCCCAAAUUUGAAUAUAGGGUCUUUUACAGAAGAGAUAUACCAGGCGAAGAAUGGAUUACGUAUAACAUACAGGAUUGGAAGAGAAAUACUUUUACGGUGGAAAAUCAACCUACUUAUCAGAGAUACAGAAUUAAGGUCGUCGCGAUAAAUGAGAAAGGAGAAUGUAGAGUUCGACCCAAAGAAGUUAUCGGAUACUCCGGAGAAGACGUACCCCUACAAGCACCCGGCAACUUUACACUGAAUCAAGUGAAAUCGAGCACGACCGCUCAGUUGUCGUGGAGUCCGGUACCCGAGGAGUCGGUAAGGGGCGAAUUGCAAGGAUACAAGAUUCAAACGUGGACGGAUAAGGAUGGCGAGAAGGGAAUGCGCGAGAUUGAUAUUCGCGGUGGAAAUAAAACGCAAGCGUUAGUCACGAAGUUCGUUCCAUAUAGUAAAAAUUUCGUGAGGAUACUCGCUUACAACGGCAGGUACUCGGGUCCUGCGUCCGAGACUCUAAGUUUUGACACACCGGAGGGAGUGCCGGGGACAGUGCUCAAUCUAGAAGCAUUCCCCAUGGGAUCCAGCGCGCUGUUCCUGGUGUGGUCGCGGCCCGCAGAGCCGAAUGGUAUUUUAACCGGAUAUAAAAUUUAUUAUCAGGUUGUGAACGGCACGAAGUUGGGAACGUUAUUCGAGAGAAAGCCGCAUGUUAUGGAUCCGCAAGCCACGAGUGCCAAAUUAGCCACAUUAGCGCCUGACACGGUAUAUCGCGUUCACAUACGUGCCACAACCAGAGUUGGGGAAGGCAAUGACUAUUUCAUCGAGCAAAAGACAAGAAUGUCUCUACGACCUGACGUCCCACAAUUUACAUGGGAAACUGUGCCAGUGGAGAACGGUUACUCAAACGUAAGGGUCAUUUGGUUGCCGAAUUUGAACGGUAAUCCGGGAAGCCAUUUCUUCGUCAAGUAUAAACUGAGAGGCGAGACGAUAUUUUUGCGGACGGAUCCCGAGUUCCACUCGAAUACUAUUGAGAUUCGCGGUCUUCAAAGCGGUGAAGUCUAUGUGAUGACGGUUGUCGCUGUCGACGGAGACUAUAUGACCGAGAGUGUUCCUCAGGAAGUAGAGACAAGUAGCGAAGGACCCAUUAUUCAACCGAAGGAAAAUGUCGCGACGGCCGGUUGGUUCAUAGGAAUGAUGCUGGCAAUUGCCAUCCUUCUUUUGGUGCUGAUAAUCGUGUGCGUGAUUAAACGAAACCGAGGUGGAAAGUACGCGGUGCACGAGCGAGAAUUGGCCGCUGGACGUGGAGAUUAUCCCGAUGAGGGUGGAUUCCAUGAGUACUCGCAACCAUUGGACACCAAAUCGGCUGGCGGACGUGCGUCCUUGGCGUCUUCUUCUCAUCAGGAUGGUAAACAUCCUGAGUCCGACACCGAUUCCAUGGCGGAGUAUGGCGAUGGUGAUACAGGACGUUUUACGGAGGAUGGAUCCUUCAUUGGACAAUACGGACCUAAAGGUAGACCAGAGGAGACACCACCUAUUCCAACUGGUACUAUGGCCACGUACGUGUAACAUCCGCAACUAACUUAAUCAAAGCCGCAUAAAAAAAAAUUUUUUUCUCGUUACGGUUAAGGAUCCUCCCGAUCCUUGGCUAUUGCAGCCGCUCUGCUAUGCACCUUGCGCUGGGCGCAACGUCCAACACUAUACUGCCAAUUAGAUUCUGGGGUUUUGGGUUUUAUAGUUUCUGUAGGAACCAUGACUGUCUUUUACAAUGACUUGAAGUAUUAUAGAUCGUCACUGAUUUUGAGUUUUUUUUUUUUUUUAAUGGAAUUAAAAUACUACAUUCCAAAUUUUUUAACUAGAUUUUUUUUUACAACGGAAGUAAUAUAUGAAAGAUUAAUUUUUUGGUAUAACGAUUAUUUACUUCGUAUACACUAUCACAAGUGCUGUGACGAUCAAUUAUAGAAUUAUCUCCAUUUUAAUUAUAAAACCCAAGAACGUUGUAGGUGUUUCAUAGCGUGCAAGCUAUUUAUGGAAAUAGUACUGUAGAAACUAUUCUAGCAUUGACCGUAAUAUCUUUGACAAAGCCAGGUUGAAUUAGACACUCUGAUUAGUGACUGGAGGUAUACGAAUUGCAUCCGUGUUUUUCUAAAACUUGUGCAAAUGCGAAAUACUUUCAAGACUGCAUGUAGAAUCUAAUGCUUUACAUGAUAUGAUUUCUAAAUUUCACGUUGGUUUCUAUUUUUAUGAAACGUGUGUAUAUCUUUUUUUAUAUAAACAAAUAUAUUGCUCUAAUUAAAAUAAUGUAGAAAUUCAUUUCGAAACAAUAAAUAUUGCUUAUUUUGAUACAAGUACUAUAUUAUCUUUAAAAUAAUUUUUUUGCCAAAGUAAUUUUUUUGUUAAUUAUCAUUAGAAUUUUAGAAAUUUGCUUUUCUUUUCUUUUUUAAAUUAAAUUUUUGGUUGCCAAGUAGAUUAUGUUAAUAAGAAAAGACUUGUGUGACAUUAAAAUAAUCCGAUCGGAUACGAACAAUAACGUUUAAAAACUUAUUUAUUUUUAAUUAAAUAUUUUACGUAAAAUAUUUAAUUAAAAAAGAAAAAAGAUGUUUCUCCCUAUAAAAAAAUAUAAAACGUUAAUUAAGUAUAAUAGAAGAAAAAAAUUGUUUUUAAGAGAUUUAAAUACUUGUAUAAAGAUAAGCAAUAGGACUACAAAAUUUAUUUUCAAAAUUCUUUUAUCCUAUUAACACGUUAAUAUGAUUAUAUUAAAAAUUAAUUAUAUCCACAAAGAAUCAAAUCUUGGUGCUUAUAUUAAAUUUAUAAAUACCUAUAAUACCAUGACUAUUUACUUCUAACAUGCGAUCUGCAAAAAUGAUCCCUUGCUUUAAAUGGAAUACGUAUAAUCUGUGAUAACUGAUAAGCGUUUGCAUUAAAAAAAAAAAUCAUUGAAAUCAAUAAAAAAAGGAAAAUCUUGAUUUCCUAAAUUCAAGUAAAUUAUUAAUAUUAAAAAUAUUAUAAUACGAUAAAUUUUGCAUAUUAAAAUUGAUUUCUGAUUCGAAUGUAAGAUGCCCAUUGUAUUAACGAUUGUCGCUGUAUAUGUACAUGCAAUCUGGAAAAUGAAGAAUUACUGUAAAAA